GAAGACUCGCGAGGGUUGGUUUGCGCGCGGACUCCGAGUCCAGUGGUUCGGUGGCCGGUCCCUGCAGCAUCUGUCAGUCAUGGCGGCGGCGCCUUCGCAGCAGCGGCCCCCGGCGGCCCGGGCCCGGAACCUGCCCUGGGUUGAGAAGUACCGGCCACAGACUCUGGCCGAUCUCAUAUCUCACCAGGACAUCCUGAGUACCAUUCAGAAGUUCAUCAGUGAAGACCGCCUGCCACACCUCCUUCUCUAUGGCCCUCCAGGCACAGGAAAGACAUCCACCAUUCUGGCCUGUGCCAAGCAACUGUACAAAGAUAAAGAAUUCGGCUCCAUGGUCUUGGAGCUGAAUGCUUCCGACGACCGAGGGAUCGAUAUCGUCCGGGGGCCAAUCCUCAGCUUUGCCAGCACAAGGACAAUCUUCAAGAGAGGGUUUAAGCUUGUGAUCCUGGACGAAGCUGACGCCAUGACUCAAGAUGCCCAGAAUGCCUUGAGACGAGUGAUUGAGAAGUUCACGGAAAACACCAGGUUUUGCCUCAUCUGUAACUACCUGUCCAAGAUCAUCCCUGCCUUGCAGUCACGGUGCACGAGGUUCCGAUUUGGCCCUCUGACACCUGAGCUCAUGGUUCCUCGGCUGGAACAUGUGGUACAAGAAGAGAACGUGGACAUAAGUGAAGAUGGAAUGAAGGCCCUUGUCACUCUGUCCAGUGGGGACAUGCGAAGGGCUUUGAACAUUCUGCAGAGUACCAAUAUGGCCUUUGGGAAGGUGACAGAGGAGACUGUCUACACCUGCACCGGGCACCCACUCAAGACAGACAUUGCCAACAUUCUAGACUGGAUGCUGAAUCAAGACUUCACCACUGCCUACAAAAAUAUCAUGGAGCUGAAGACUCUGAAGGGCUUGGCACUGCACGACAUCCUGACAGAGGUUCACUUGUUUGUGCACAGAGUUGACUUUCCGUCUUCAGUUCGGAUGCAUUUACUGACCAAAAUGGCAGACAUUGAGUGAGUGUUUUCCCAUUUCAAUUCUUUGGCUUUAGUUUUGGCUUCUGUGCUAUCCACACACGGGGCAGUCUGGUUUGGGGUAGUGCCCAGUACACUGUGGAGAAGGCUGUGUGCUGCCUCCAGAGCCCAGGGCAGCAGUGCGGAGGAUGAGCACAGAGCGGCCCCUGCGCGAGUUGAGCCCUUGCUCUCCUCACACUGGGCGUGCAGACAGGAGAUGGCCAGCUACUCUGCUUACUAAGGCAUUGUGGCACACAUGAGCACAGUAAACACUGUCACUACUCCCCAGUGACGCUGGCAGCUGUCAUUUAAGUGGACAGCACACUGGGCUCCGACCAAAUACUAGUAUCACAAGUUCCAGGAGACUGUCACUAGCUCAUGUACACAAAGUAGGUCACUUCCUAUCACUAUGUUGGGAGUGAUUUUGCUUUUAGUGGCCAGGCAUUUAAAAGUAACAAGAUGAGCUGCUAGUUCCUGCUUUACUGCCCUGUCACGAACCUCCAGCUCUCUGCUGCAAUGCCACAACCAGAGGAGCAUCUGCAGAGCUCCUUAUAGCACGGUUCCUAACCCUCACCCCAUGCACCCUGCCCUCUGUGCGUAGAGGAAGGAUGGAUGCCGAGUGCAGUUCAGAACCUCCUGGUGCUGAGUUUCUAAUCUGCCCUCGGCAGCUUCAAUCAAAUGGCCAACUGAGUGCCAGGGAGAAGAAACUUGAAGGACACAGACCAGAGUCCUCACCAGGGUGUGUCUGUCAGCUCCAGUGCCUUUUGUGCAGGCUACAGUAGCUCCCACAUUCUCGCCGAUAGGCAGGGCCUAGCGUUUGCUUUAUACUCAACCUGGGGCUGUUCUCCCCAGGUACAGACUCUCUGUCGGCACCAGUGAGAAGAUACAGCUGAGCUCCCUCAUUGCUGCUUUUCAAGUUACCAGAGACUUGAUAGUUGCAGAGGCCUAGAAAACCCAAGGCCUGAGUUGCAGAGGCCUAGAACCUUGGCCCUUGCUCAGGCCCAUCGGUGACUGGAGGACAGAGGACAUGCUGCCCUGGGCCAGUGGAUAAAAUCAGUCACAGACUUUUCUCCCCAGGCAUUUAGAUAGUGCUCUCUGUGGCUGUUUGGAGCAGGGAUCUACAGAGCAACUCUAAUCUGUAAGAAUCCAUUCUGCUUGUCUUCUAUAGGGGAAAAUACCCCGCCCCAUGGAGAGGGCUGCUUUAAAGUCUUCACUGUCACUCUCUGGGAUGACAAAAUUGGCUGCAGUGUUAAUGUGGAAACUGAGUGUGCUUCAGUGUCUCCCAACUCUGAAUGGGUGCCAGGAGGAUUCUGAUCGAAUGUUUUGUUAAGAAUUUCAA